CUUAAACUCUUGCAUACUCCAACAUCGUAUUCUAAUGUCUGCAACAACAACUUUGACAAAUCACUUUCAUGCAUCAUUUCCUUUGUAUCGUCCUAUCGUACCUUGAUUGAAGAUCGGCGGCUCUCCACAAGCUUCCCCGCAUUCCACCUGCAGCGAGUCAGGCCAACUCCACGUGUUCGCAGCAAAGGUUGCGAAGUACCUCGCGCAUGGAUACCUCGUCUCCUCUCUCUCGCAUAGAUACACUAGUAUCAGAUAUGCCGUUGGAUAAAGACAGCAGAACCGACGUCGUUCUACGCGACAGACUGAGUGCGCUGCCAGAUGAGCUGCUGCUCCACAUCUUCGAGGCGGUCGGUUGCCUCUCCAGACGCGACCUUUGCAACGUAUCGCGCGUCAACAAACGAUGCCACCGCCUCAGUGACGCCGUCUUAUAUAAGAGCAUUCUGUUCGAAACCCCAGAGCUACACCUCACAUUCAGCGAGUCAUUGAGUCGUCGCCCGCGCCGUGGCUCAGCCAUCCAUGAAAUCAAGCUGGCUUAUCCGUCUUCGGAGCUGUCGCAACUGGCACUCGACGCACCUGUCGCCGGUUCAUACUUGGAUCCCAAGCGCUCAGAUAGCCUUUCACGGACGCUAUCGAUCAUGUCAAAUCUGGAGAAGCUCGAUAUCUCGGUCCCCGACGUGCUCCUUCACGGUAUUGGUACCUUGUUCAAUGGACCCUUCGACCUCGCCUGCUUGAAGUCCUGCUCACUAUUCUACCAAUGCGCUAACGAUGCUUACUGGGACCUUCGCGAGAACAUACAUAUCUUCGCCCAUCCUACGCUGGAAACCUUGACGAUUCGCAGAGCCAAGCUAGACGAGAAGGGCUUCGAUCACAUCGAGCGGCCACACAUGACCGCGCUCAAACAACUUCACUUGAUCGAAUGCGAUAUCAACGACGACUCACUUGGAGAUCUCCUCGAACUACCCGAGGCGCUUGAGGAAUUUGUCAUGACGCAAACGGAAGAGCCUGAGCCAGAAUUGGAGGAGAGCUCUGAUAACGUUGGAGAUUAUAUCUUGGCCGCACAAUCGCAAGCCGAGUUCUUGAAGAGUAUCACAAUCGAUCACCCAACCCUUACCGGGCGCAAAGUGCUUCGUAUGCGCGAGUUCGCAGCGCUAAAGACACUGCGUCUAAAUUGGGAUUACCAGUUAUUUGGAAAGUCAUCUAAGAAGCCGCGACUUCAUUCCGUUGGUCUCCCGCCGGUGAUGGAUACGCUUGAGUUUUUCAAUGAACUAGGAAGCGACACUGAGGUUACCGACCUCCUCCUGGCUACGAUAGAGCAGAAAGAUAUCGUUGCCAGGAAUUGGAAGACCAUGGUGGUGGUUGAAGGCGAAGACGGAGUAUCAAGAGAAAUCAAAGAUGCGUGCAAGACGGCGGGAUUACAGUUGGAUAUUAUUGGGGCCAUGGACGAGGAUACCGAAUCGGAAGACGAAUCAGAAGACGAAUCGCAAGGCAAACUCUGGUCAAAACCGGAUGCCAGGACCCAGAUAUCGGAUAGUGAACCAGAGAGCGAAUCGGGAGACGAAACAGGCUAUCGGGUGCAGAAGGAGAUUGAGCCAGACAGCGAUGAGAGCGUUCCAGUUGCUCGCCGGUUUAUGUAAGGGUGCUAUUUGUUCAUCCCACCGGGCUUACAUGACUGUGUUGCGGACACGUCUAGACUACACCAACAACGUUUUAGAUCCUGGAAAUGCAUAUAGACUUAGCUUCAUACACUAUAUCACGCUGUUUUCUUACUGCAAC